AUGGCCUCGACAUUCAUCAACUGGCUCAAAUCGCCUGCUAGUCGCCAAUACUUCUUCAGCACUCACUUCUGGGGACCAGUCGCUAACUGGGGCCUUCCGCUUGCCGCAUUAGCAGACUUGAAGAAGGAUGAAGAAAUCAUCUCCGGCAGUAUGACAACCGCUCUCGCGUGCUACUCCCUGGUAUUCAUGCGUUUUGCAUGGCGCGUGCAACCUCGAAACUACCUGCUUUUCGCAUGUCAUUUCACGAACGCUACUGCACAGCUUGUUCAAGAUACGCGCUUCGUAAAUUACUGGUACAUGGGCGGGCGGGAGAAAAAGCUGGUUGACGCACCUGAAGAUGCUCGGAGUAAAGUCGUUGAUGCUAUCAAAGCAGCUGAAGCAGAGUCAAAGGAGGUGGCAAAAAAGGUUGCGAGCAAGUAG